AUGCGUCUCUCUGUUUUGAACAUUGGCUUGAUAUUGUGGCUUGUGGAUUCAGCAGCGGCUGUGAGAAAGUACAACUUGACAAUCACUAACGAAUGGCGCGCUGCAGAUGGUCAUGGCCGUCCGAUUUUCCUCAUGAACGGCCAAAGCCCGGGCCCUCUGAUCGAGGCGGAAGAGGGUGAGGAGAUCGAGGUGUUUGUCGACAACCAGCUCGCCACGGAAACGACCAUGCACUGGCACGGUGUUUAUCAGGUUGAUAGGCCUUGGAAUGACGGAGUUCCAGGUGUGACUCAAUACUCGAUCCAGCCUCGUGACAACUACACGUACCGCUUCACUGUGCAGCAGCAAUACGGCAGCUACUUCUACCAUGGGCACUUUGGCCCCGCCUUCGCCGAUGGCCAGAGGGGUCCGAUAUGGAUUUCUCCGGCGUCGUCGAGACCGCGGCCCUAUUCACUCGUGUCGCCUUCGCCGGGAGACAUAUCGCACAUGAAACGCGCUGAGGAGAAUCCUAGGCAUGUCGUCAUUAGUGAUUGGAACGCCGAGCCUAUGGAUAUCCUGCUCAUUAUGUAUCGCGAUACGGGCAUUGUGCCGUGGUGUAGUAAUUCUAUCGUGCUGAACGGCAAAGGCAGGACAUAUUGCCACACCAAGGAGCUCUUGGAGGAGGUGGGCGGUGCUGGAAGAAAUACCCUUGGCUGUUUGCUACAGCCCAAGCAGAGCAUGUACACCAACGAACAGACCUGCGAGCCAACAGAGGGGCAGCUUGAAAUCAUCGAGGCCGAGGAUGGAGAAGAGUGGAUUUGGAUCAACUUCAUCCACUCGGGAGCGCACCACGAACUGCAGAUUAGCAUCGAUGAGCACGAGAUGUACGUUGUUGCUGCGGACGGCGAGUUUGUGCAUCCUCAGAAAGUACAUGCUGCCAACUGCAACUUGGGAGAACGCAUCAGCAUUCUAGUUCACCUGGACCGGAAACCGGGCGACUAUGCCAUCAGAAUAACAUCGCUCCGGACGGAACAAAUCAUCCAUGGCCUCGGCAUUCUUCGUUACCCGACCCAGAAUAAGUUGUCUGCUCCCAGCAUUCCCAUCACGAAGCCAUGGGUGUAUCUUAACGGGUCGCUGGUCUCGCCCUCCCUGAAGGCCAUGGAUGAGAUGAAGCUUGUCCCCUACCCGCGUCGACCACCCCCAGCAAAGUCGGACAAUACGAUCAAGUUCUUGGUCAAUAUGACGGGGCCUGGUGCUUGGGCUUUGGGCGUUGGCUCUCACCAAGCAUUUCGCCAACAACUGCCGCCGCUGUUGUGGGAUGAAUCAUCCCGAGGCGGGACAACCUAUGGCAAGAAUCAGCUCCGGAACGGGUCAGUUGUGGACAUCGUCUACGAGAACGGGGCAAACGUCACAUCCCAGCAUCCGUUCCACAAGCACAACAACAAAGCUUGGAUUAUCGGUGUAGGCCAUGGUGGCUUUCCUUGGGCGACAGUCGCAGACGCCAUCGAAGGAGGUGCCGCGAAGAACUUCAACCUCGAGGAUCCUCCGAUCCGAGAUGGGGCUAGGCUUGGAAAUAGCACCGGAGACUGGACGGUUAUCCGCUACGAGAUUGCCUUUCCUGCUGUUAGCAUGUUGCAUUGCCACAUGAUUCAUCACUUUGCGGCGGGGCAGCAAGUAGUCCUCUUGGAGGGGGUAGAAUCGAUGGCCAAAGUCCCCAGUCACGUCAAGAACAGAGUUCAUGCAGACUUUGUCCCGCCAUUACGAUAUGGUCCAUUGGAUUAA